CGUUAAACUAGCAAACGGCGUUAAUUUCUCACAAGGUCAGCAGCGGGUGUUGUAACUGCUAUAUUGUAAAGCUGUUUUGCAUUUCCAUAGUAAUUCUUUAGUUUUGCACUUCUGAUUUGAAUGGUCGGCAAUUAAAUACUUUUGUUCGGAGGGAUGUCAGGUUCUUAUGGUGUUUCUCUUCACUAAUGCCUCGGAGCACUUCAUGUGAGAUAUGAAAAGUGCUAGACAGUUUUCUUGUGAUGGAUUACCAGCUGGAUGUGCAUCAAAAUCGUAUAUAAGCUCCUCUGGAAUUAAAACUGUUAUUGAUUCUUCAUCUUCGAGCAGCCUGAACAGCAAGAACACAGACGAGUCUUCUGAGAAUCUAUUCUAUGGUCCUGCAUAUUGCACAACACUUCAUUGGUGGUGGAGGUCCAAGUUUCAGCGGUUGGAGGACUUUAUUUAUACUCACCAUUGGAAGGUACUCAGUUGUGUCGUGGUGCUCGGACUAUUUUGCUUUGGUUUGAAGGCUGUUACAGUAGAAACAGAUUUUGAUAAAUUAUGGAUAGAAGAGAGUGAUCGUCUUACUUCUGAGUGGAAAUAUUUAACCAAAGUACUUCAAAAUAUCCAUGUUGAAUCGUUGUAUGGUGAUUCGUAUUAUUUUUCGCGGGAUUCAAAAUUAUCCAGAAUGGUAUUUCAAUCACAAAGAGAAGAAAUGGAAGAGAAAGGAGACAUACUCUCCGUUCCAUCUAUGCUGUCCAAAUCAAAAAGUGAAAUCGAUUCAUCUCUAAUUAGCCGUGAAUUUAUGGGCAGUAUGGAGACUGUGCUACAGACUACAAUUUCACCUAUUAAUAGUCAAUCAUUUUCUGAACGGAUUAACUCGAAUGACAUUUUUACUAACAAAAACAACAACAAUAAUAAUAAUACUACAGAAGAUGAUAAUUAUGCUAAUAUUUUAACUCCUCAAGCGUUGUUGGAUCAUAUGGAGUUUUUAAUCAAAGUGAGACGAUUGACAAUAACAGUUGGAUCGUCCAAAUGGUCUUUCAAAGACUUAUGUCAACGGGCUACCUUACCUUUUGGUGUCGAAAUGCACCAUUUACAGGCUUAUCUGGAUAUGAUUAUUCCAUGCAUCAUAAUAACACCGUUGGAUUGCUUUUGGGAAGGUGCUAAAGUCCUUGGACCUGAAGAAGCAAUGUGGGUGCCUUGGUUCGAUGAACGUACUCUACUUCAAUGGACAAAUAUUGACCCGGUUGGAUUACUUCAAGAUCUUUCAAAACGUUAUGGAAAUUAUUCACAGACUGAAAUUAACAAUCUAAUUAAUUUAUUUCAUGAAGCAGGCAUAAAUCAUGGUUACUUAAAUCGUUCUUGUUUAGAUCCAUCAGAUCCUGCCUGCCCAGUUUCUGCUCCUAAUUACAAAGGGGAGCCUCCAGAUAUAUCCAAGAUACUCAGUGGUGGUUGUUCUGGAUUCGCUUCCAACAUGCUUCAUUGGCCAGAGGAGAUUAUUGUCGGUGGUCGGGUUCACGCUAGUUAUGGUUUGAAUAUAUCUUCCAAUGCAGACACACAACAAGUGUCAGCAGUUACAAAUAAAAAUAAUACCAAGUUAGAACAUGUGAUGAAAAGGGUUUCAUUCAGUGAGAUCAACAAAAGCAAGCAAAAUAUGCUGAAAAGUGGUCGCCUGCUGAAAGCUAAUUCUCUUCAAUCACUUAUUUUGUUACGAUCUCCAAGAGAUUUAUACGAUGCAGUUAGACGGAGUGAUCCUUACAAACAUGAAGAUUGGACAUUAGAUGAUGCUAGGCAUGUUUUACGCGAAUGGAGACGUAAUUUAAAACGUCUGGUGAUUGAACACAACAGUGGUUUACAGUCGCAUAUUGAAUGGAAAUUCUUUGCAUUUACUAACGCUUCCUUGCUCGACCUCUUGCAAGAGAUUACACUUCGUCUAGGGCCUAUCACAUUGGUUGGUUGCAUAUUAAUGGUGUUUCUUUAUGGUGUUGUCAGUCUUCUUGGCUGGCGAGAUCCUGUUCGCUCUCAGUGUUGGUUGGCUAUAUGUGGAUUAAUGAUCAUAGCAUUAUCAUCCAUAGCUGGGUUAGGGAUUUGUGCAGCUUUUGGAAUACCGUUCAAUGUAUUAACUAUUCAGGUGUUGCCUUUUUUACUUCUUGGUUUGGGCGUCGAUGGCAUAUUUGUUUUAACCACUUGUCAUGAAUGUUGCAUUGCUCGUCGUAUUUUCCCAUCAACUAGUCCAUCUUCUUCAGAUUCAACUAUUUGGUCUUCAACAGUAUCUUUAUCUUCUUGGUCAUCGAAGUCGUCUACGCCUCCUGUUCAUGUAUUAGCUGUACAUGGUCCCACUCUUAUUUUCGGUGCAAUUUCUAUUUCUAGUGCUUUUUUCUCUGCUGCAUUUAUCCCUGUCCCAUUGAUACGUCAGUUCUGUUUACAGGCUGGUAUUCUUACUCUUGUACAGUCGAUCAGUGUAUUUAUUCUAUUUCCUGCUCUAUUGCAACUUGACGCCACUCGUCGUAGUCAAAAGCGUUUAGAUGUACUGUGUUGUCUACGUCAACCAGAUGUGGAGACAGCAAUAACAACAACAACAAAUCCUCACAGGUCGGCUACAAUCUGUCCUUGUGAAUCACGUCAUUCACGAACAUUUAAUCAUCAUCAUCAUCAUCAUCCAAGUAAUAAAAAUCCAACUUCUUGUUGUUGUCAUCGUCAUCACCAUCAUCAUCAUCAUUAUCAUCAUCAUCACCGUCAUUGUCGCCAUUGUCAUUGUACAAAUCCCAAGAAAUUAACAACUAACCGUGAUAUUUCGAUUAAUUUAGCCGAGACCUAUGUUAGUUCUAAGUUUCCACAUCCAACAAUACAAGUGAAUGUGGUCAAUCAUCUGCCUGGACCAAAGCAUUCAUCAUCCAAUUCACAUUUUGAUAGUGAUGUUACUGAAGCAGUUGUUAAAACGCUUACUAACCCUGAUGUUCAUACGGUGCACACAACAGUUACUGUAACUGGAAAUCAAGAUAAAAAAAUCUACCCAUCCAAUUCUUCUGUUGGUGCUGAGAAACUGACAGUUCCUGAGUGUGAAAAUGAUUGUGCUGCCUAUGAAAAUGAUACACCAGUGUCAAUUCAAAGGAAUCAACAGAAAAAUGUGAAUAAAUCUGAACCAGGUGUAGACUCAACAAAAAUCUUUCCUUCUCCACUACUUGUACGAUUUGCUAGACAUUUCGCGCUUCUGAUUACUAGUCAUUGGGUUGUACAACUAUGUGUAUGUCUACUGGGUUGUGGUUUAUUUAGUGCAGCUGUGCUUUGUGCCACCUUUCGAUUACGCUUAGGUUUGGAUUGGUCAAGUUUAACCCCUUCAGAUACUAUUGAAUACGGAUUUAUUAAAACAGCUGGAAAAGCUUUUGGUCUAAGCAAUUUUCACAUAAUUGCACGAGGUUCAGAUCUCCCUGGAUCUAGGCCAGUGCCAAGUCAGCCAGUGUUUCAAUAUACUGCUCCGUCAACCCUUAGCGGUACAUCUGCUAGAUCUCGUGUAAGCCUGGCUACUGUUGGACGCGGAAUAGACUUUCCUAUGCAACAACGUCGUCUUCGUUGGAUGUAUGACUGCUUGACCGAUAUUUCAGGUGUUAUGUUAUCAGGACGUGAUGUUUGGUUGAAUGCAAUGCGUAAUUGGCUGGAGGAGGUGCAAACUGCAUUCGACAUAGACCGAGAAAAAGGCUACAUUAUGGAUAGUGGACAUUGGAAUGCUAAUGCAAGUGAACUUGGUGUUCUUGGUCUACGUUUAAUUGUUCAAACUGACCGUGGACCUGAAUUAAGUAGGAUUAACACUGGUCGAAUAGUUCAUGGCGGUAUAAUCGAUCCACCAGCUUUUUAUACACUUUUGCGUGUAUGGCGAUCCAAAGAUGCUUUGAACUUCUCAUCAUUGCCUUGUGUAAUUUAUCCAGAACCUAGUGUAGUGCAUGUAGGUCGUCUUACUGGUCCUGGACGUCCUUCAGACCUACAUGCAUUACCUCCAGCUGAACCAAUUGAAUUUGUUCAAACAAGUUUUUAUGCAGUAGGUGUCAGCGAAAUGGAUUCACAGUUGGAUUUAGUUCAGCGAGUCCGACAUAUUACAGAAACUGCAACAGUUCAAGGUGUUCCAGUCUUUCCUACAGGUGUACCAUUUACUUUUCUUGAACACUACAUGUUCAUAGUUCGAGAAACAGCAAUUGCUUUCGGCAUAUUUUGUGCUGUGAUCACUAUCACUGCAUUGAUUUUAUUUUCUUCACCUGUUACUGCCUUACUUUUAGUUGGUAUUGGUGCUGUUGGCGGCGCUUGUUCUGCUAUUUUAGGUUUGAUUGUUUUAAAUUUAGCCUUGAAUCCUAUUUCUGCUUGUCUGCUACUGUUGUCUGGUGGUUUGGGGGCUAGAAUUUCAGCAAAUUUUCUUGGAUUAUGGCCUGUUUCCCAUUUAAGCUUGGAUGCAUUUUCAAGUCGACCAACUCGUAAAACCUGCCUUUGUCAAUCGAAUUUGUCGAAUAGAUGUCCUUCUCAUUCAGCUCAGUUUUGUGCACGUAAUGAAAGACUGAAAAUUGAUCCUAAACAGAUAAUAUUGUCGAAGUCAUCUUCAUUUGUGCACGAAGACCGCAUUAACCUCUCGAAACGUCGUCAACUUGUUAGAGCUCAAAUUGUGUGUAUAUUAAGUAAUCAUUUUACUCCGGCCUUCCAUGCUUCCGUUGGACUGUUACUAGCACUAUCUUUACUUGUUGCAGCUCGUGUACAGUUUAUCGCUGAUUACUUUUUUCGUCUCAUCGUGAUUGUCAGCCUAAUUUGCUUAUUCAAUGCUGUGUGCUUACUACCGACUAUAUGCUACCUUAUUGGUCCGCUUUAUAAUCGUUUCAUAAUUGGCGGACGGCGUGUAUCAAGCAAUUCAAUUCCGUACAAAUCGUCAGUGAAAACAGAUAAUUUUUCGGCUGGAGACAAACGUAUUCAUCGAUAUCUGAAGUCUGCUUCUUCUAGAGCGAAUGUCAACAAUGAAGACCAUCAGGUGAAUAUGAUGAAUGACUUACAAUUAUCCUUUUCAAGUUCAUCUUCUAAUAUGUCACCAAAUUUGUCAUCGCCUAGUUCAUCACGUUCAUCCAGUUCCUUUAGUCAAUCAGAUGUGAAUCCUGCUGACGAAUCACAUCAGAAUGCUAAAUCAUCUGGUAAAACAGAACCAUUCUGUAAAGAUUCUGCCUAUUCAAUGUUGAGAGAGUCGACCAAAGAUAUUGUUCAUCACAGUCUAAAAUAUCCCAGUCAUCACUCUCUAUGGAUGGAUUCUACGCCUGAUCACGCCUGUUCAUCAGAUGCCGCUGCGACUGCAGCAGCGGCUGCAGUUGUUGUCGCUGCCGCAGCCGCUGCGUCGGUUCGAUCCAGACCUCCUAGUCUAAGUACUAUUUCAGAAGAACCUUCUCAUUCGAAUUCAACUGUGAGUUUAAAUCAUGCUACACCGUCUAAUACAGGACAUGGUUCAACAAGUAGCGGUAGUGGUAGUCGUAUCAGUUGUAAUAAUAUGGAAAGUACAAAUAUGCCAUCAAAUCCAUCAUCACCUAAAUCUGUUAAUUCAGUGAAACCUGAUUUUUCACAUCAAAAUCUACCACUUAGUCUUGUAUCUUCAGUUGAUUUUAUAAGAAUGAGUAAACUUUUGAAUCCAAAUAUGUCAGCUAAUGAGAUCUGUGAAAGUUUAUAUAGCUCUAUUAUAUCUCCUGUUUCGUGUAAUAGUCGUACACCAGUAAAAAGUUAUCGAACUAGCAAAAGCAAAGAAUUCAUCUUAAAUCCAGAAAUAGCGUGUACAUUGUUGGCUGCUGUAACAGCAACGAGUCGCCAAGCAGCAUACAAACAAGCUGGAGAAGUUGCUUUUGAAGGUCCUGUUGAAAAUAUCCCACCACCACCUUAUUCUAGUGUGAUCAGUCAACCACAAUCUAGUAUCCCUGAUAAGUGUUCAGCAAAUAUGCCACUUAAAUCUCAUAGACAAGGUGAAUCCAUGCAAUCAAAUACACUAACUUAUUUACCAGAUAAUGAAAUUCCAAUGAAAUCACGUAUAAGUAACUAUUAUGGUGGUGCUAGUCGGCAAAAUACACAGUCACCCGCUCCAAGUAAUAUUUACCGGUCAAAUUCUUAUUCUACCUCAUCAUCAUUAUCAUCACAAGUCUCUAAAUCUGAUCAUCAGUUCAAAAAGAAGACUACACCAACAGUAUUCCCGUCUUAUUCCAGUCCAAUGUAUCAGAGUUCACCAGAGAAUGCAAGCUCAGUCUCGAAAUCUGCACACUUACCUCUUGCCGGUUCAGUUUCCUCGACUAAAACUAUGAAAGUAAACAUUCAACAUCCUCAACAAUAUAGACAUUGUUCUCCAGACACCAAAAACACUACUUGUACUCCUCUGGGAUCUUCUGAUGGUGAUAACCGUAACUUGAGUAAUAGUAAUAAUAAAGAUAAUAGCGAUUGGAUUCGUCGUCAUCAGAGUUCUAGUCAUAGCUUCUCGUCAUCCACACAUCCAAACAGUCAAAUGAAAAAGUAACACGACGUCUAAAGUUUCUUGAUUCGCUAUCAACUUAUAUAUAUAUAACUUGUACAUUGUAGUACUUAAAUGAUGAAGAAGAAAGUGUUUACUUUGUCAUUUGAAAUCAUUUGCAUUUUGUAUAGAUUUAUUUAGUUGUUUUUUUUUCUUCUCUUUUCUAAAAGCCAUGAGUGAAGCGCGCAUACCUUCUUUUUAUUUUUCUUUGCUUUUGGUUUUAUUUUACAACACACCUACAUGUGUGUAUGCGUAUGCUGUUCUAUAUGUCGUCGACUUACUACCUAUUCUUUCCCUGAAUUCGGAGCAUUAUCCCUGUCACUGGUGGCUGCUGCUGUAACUGUGUAUAUUCUCCCAAUCAAGCGCCAUAUAUUUUAUUUAGCCUAUAGUUUUCUUCCCUCUCCCCCCAAUUCCUUGUCAAUCAAUCACUGACAUCUUUUUGAAUUUUGAAUUAAACUUGAUCUAGACACCUGUAUAGAGAUAGAUAGAUGCCUACAUAAUCAUCUUAUUGUAUAGUAGUAGAAGGCAGUUAUCAGCAUAUCUUUUGUAAUAAUCAUUUAGUAUUUUCUUUCUUGGGUUAUUUUGUGUUUUUUUUUGUUUUUUGCUCUUUCGAUAAUUUCGAUUAGCUUUGUUGGUUUGUUUUGAUUUAGUUGAGAAAAAGGAGAAAAUAGUGUGUGUUUGCAUAGUCGAAUCAAAAAUCAAUAUUACUACUCCGUAUCAAAUUUUAACAUGAUCUCAGUGUAAUUUAUACUUAAACAUUUGCAAUUAUAUUUGUAAUAUAUUGGCAAAUUACUAUCAUCAUUAUCCAUGUACUCCUGCGUUUCUUGUAUUGUUGUUUUUUUUCUAAUCUAAAGGCUUUCUACCCUAACUUGUCUUAUUCCACUCACUUAGACGCAUAUACAUCCUUUGCUGCAUAUUAUUUUCUUUCGGGAUAUAUAUAUAUAUAUAUAUAUAUAUAGUUUUUGUAUAAAUCUAAAUUUCUUUUUUACAUUUUAUUAGUUUGAUUUUAAAUUCCUUUUGUACACAAUUCGGAAAAGAGAGAGAAGUGGUGAGUGAUGAAUUAAUUAAUCACAUAAUUUUUUUUUUUUGAUAAUCAUGCUAAUUUAUCUCUUUUAGGGCAAAAAGUAAAACACUUUCAAAAGUUAUUUUCUGUGUUUUAUUUAACACAGCCAAUAUUUUAUUUUACUGCUUAUUCUUCUCUUUCCUUUACCCCACUUCCUAAUUCUUUGUUCUUGGCUUUCGGUGUAGAAUUCGUUUGUUUGUUUUUUUGCCUGGACUCACUGUUUUUCUUUUUUGUUUUUGUUUUAGUCUACUGCAUUUCCUGCACAUUUCUGUAUUUAGUUGAUGAUAAUGUGACGGUUUGCAUCUCUCUUCUGCACCUCAUAUUGUUUCUCCUCUUUAUUCUCCUUCCAUAUUCCCCUGUGUAUGUUUUGUGUGGGUGUGUGAGAGUGAAUGAGUGUACAUUUGUUCAGAACUGAUGUAUAUUUGUUUAACUAAGCAUUUCUUUCUUUCUUUGUUUGUUUGUUUUUACUUCUUUUAACUCACACAAACACACACACACAAAAUAUAUACAUGUGUAUCUUAUUUUUGCAUAAAUGAG